AUGAGGAACCGCAAUAUCCAAAAUCAGGCUUAUCCUCUCACUCUCUUCUUUGGUAACCUCUCUUACAACGUCAAAAUUAGCCACAAACUUGACUGGUUUAGUAUCUUCUCCUGCACCAAUAAGAGCAACCUUUCUUCUAAGGAGACAGAGAUGAAAGUUCUGCUUAAUGAUGUCUCUGGUGAGGCACAUAGAGGUGAAAUUUUGGCUGUGCUAGGCCCCUCAGGGUCAGGGAAGUCGACCCUGAUUGAUGCAUUGGCUAAUAGGAUAUUCAAGGGAAGCUUGAAUGGAAUGAUCACCCUGAGUGGUGAACAAUUGGAUUCCAGCUUACUCAGAGCGAUCUCUGCCUAUAUUAUGCAAGAUCACCUCCUUUUUCCAAUGCUAACUGUUGAAGAAACUUUGACGUUUGCUGCUGAAUUGAGGCUCCUUCAAAUUCUCUCCAAAUUCGAGAAGAAAAAAAGAGUUCAUGAUUUGAUCGAUCAAUUAGACCAUCAAACAGCAGCUCAAACCAUCAUCGGAGAUGAAGAGCACUGGGGGGUUUGGUGGAGAACGCCGGCGAUCUAUAGUGGAUCUCCAUCAAAUUUGCCCUUCUUUGUGGAGAACCUUGGACAACCAAUACCUACAGAUCAAAACCCUUCUGAUGCAAUUUUGGAUCUCAUCUGUGAUCUUGAAUAUUCUAGGGAUGGGAUUGACAGCAUGGCCCAAUUCAAUCAGAUAUGGCAGCAGCAAUACAUGGGUGGAGGAAAAGGAUCAGAAGUAAAACAAUUUAUUGCUAAACAAAGCCUAAAUUUGAAGCAAGCUUUCAGUCAAAGUCUGGAUUUGAAGCAAGCAUUCAGUUCCAUUAUUUCUCAAGAUAAAUUGGUACCUGGGACAACCCAUAAGGAUGAUUUUAAGGUUUUCACCUGUCGAUUUGGAGCAACCCUCAUCACGGGAAUCAUUACAGCAUCGUUGUUCUGGCAACUUGAUAAUUCUCCCAGAGGAUACCAAGAAAGGGUAACAUUCUUCGCAUUUGUCACAAUUGCAGUCUAUUACAUUUGUAGUGAUGGAUUGGCAAUUACACUUCAGGAGAGGAACAUAAUGCUAAGAGAAACAACUUACAAUGUCUAUAGACUAUACUCCUAUUGGCUUUCUGUCUCUGAUGCACUAACCUGGCUUCCAUCCUUGUUGCUCCUCUCAAUCACAUAUUCCGUCACUACAUUUUGGGCGCCUGGAUUGCUUCCUGAUACCAGCUGUGCUUACAUGAUUAUUGUCAAAACUUUGGGUUCCUUAGUUCUCUUUUGCGAAGUAUACGUAACCCCCAAUGAAAUCCCACUCUACUGGAUUCCGUUCCACUACUUAUCCCUCAAGAAAUAUACAUACCAGGCACUAAUGCAUAAUGAAUUCGAUGAUCCAACAAGAUGUAUUGUUAUAGGAAUUGAAGUUUUCAAUGGAACUCCCUUUGUUGGUACAGAACUGGUUGGAUUAAAAGAGCAGCUGUUGAGAGGCAUAAGCCACGUUUUGGGCAAGAAUAUUAUGAGCUGGACGUGCACGACGACUGGACCUGACCUAUUGAAGCAGAGAGGGAUGGCUGAUAUUGGAAAAUAG